GUUCUUGUCGUUAUCCUCGCGAUUUUUCUUCACCGUGGAAAUGGCCGGGCAGCUGAUUUCGACAAAAUCAUGCGCAGAAUUCAAGAUGGCGGAGUCCCGUCCACCCAGAGUGCUGUACCAUGGAGAUCAAAGAGGUCCCCUGGUGACGAGCCCAGUUGUUACACAGGCAGAGUUGUUUCCUUCACUUUGCCAAGCAGCAAAACAGUAACUUCUCCCAUUUGUAAGAAGAUUACAUCUUCUGGAACCGCAUGUUUUAGUUCCAUGGCAAACAACAACAACCAGAGGAAAUGUGUUCCGUCCAACUUCAUCACAGAGGAAGGAAAAAGAUAUAACACUGCCUGUUCAUGUGCACCAUAG